ACCGUCGGCAAUCGCGGCAUUUGCGCCACCGUAUUAUUUUCAGGCGCGGCACUUUCUGAUUCUCCGGUUGGCUUAGCGGCAUAUAUUCUCGAGAAGUAUUCCACCGCCACAAACAUUGAUUAUCGAUCCCUUCCGGAUGGCGGCCUCACAAGGAGGUUCACAAUGGACGAACUUCUGACGAUCGUAUCAAUAUAUUGGUUCAAUGGGAAUGUUGCUAAUUCGCUAAGAUAUUACAAGGAGCAUUUCCGGAACCCGUUUAAGCUUUUUUCGCUGAACCGCUACAUAUCUGUUCCAACUGGUUAUGCUGCUUUCCCGAAAGAUCUAAUGCGGCAGCCGAAAGAAGUGAUAGAAAUGAUGUUCAAUUUGACCAGCUAUACAGAAAUGGAGUCUGGAGCACAUUUUGUUGCCCUGGAAGUACCGAAACUUCUCGCCGACGAUCUUAUUAAAUUUGUUAAAACAAUUCCUGAACUAAUCACAUAA